UUACUGCCAUAAAAAAAGAUACCCCGAAAGAAAGAGAAGAAAGGGAAAGCGCGAACAAAAAGACGUACAACUAUGUCAAAAAAUGGGUUUUUUCCGUGUGCUUUACUGCCGUGACUGUAUCCUUUAUUUUAUUUUCUAGUGUGCUGCUCACACUCACACUGAAUUUUACUUUCACCCCGCACACAAAAUACGCUUGCUUUUUUCUUCAAAGCUUGAAAAUGUCCAGAGGGCGAGAGCGAUUUCCUACCCCUCUUGUUUUUCUUCUUUUCUUUCCAAAAAGUCGGAAUUAAAGUGUAAUGAAAAUGUUUUAGACGAGUCUUGGGCAUGUUCCAGCCCUUUUCUUCAACCUACAGCCUUUUCUCAUUUUAUCAGAGCCGACCAGAGAAAAGUCUAAAAAUAGCAAUACAAACUGCGCCCUUCUCUUUUUGCAGCCUCGCCACUAUUUUCCAUGUCUAAAUUAAGCGGAUUCCGGGCCUCGAUCCCAAUUGUUCCUUGCAAUAAAAGGAUGGCCUAUCGCUGCUUCUGUGUGUGGCUCAGCAAAUGGCAAAUAAACUGCAAUUGCAAUUGCAUGCAUCGCCAAUGCCGUGCACGUGACUGCGGUGUUAACCGCGGUCGCGCUGCUUCAUCGUGUGGCCGUACAGCCGCACAGGCAGCGCAAACUCACGCGGACAGCAGCAGCCAAGGACCGCGCCCGCCUCUUCGUCCUUGCUAUUUUCCUCGUUGUCGCCUUCCCCAUUAUUGGCUGGCUCGGAGCCACUGCCCUCGUCCUCAUCAUCGCCCCCAUCGCCCUCGUCGGAAUCGGGAUCGGAGUCGGCCUCUCGGGACUCGUCUGCUGGCAAGUGAGCGGCCUGGACCAGCAGCUGCUCGAGUAUGCAGCCGCCCAAGUGCGCGACCCUGCGCUCAGCCAACGACAAAACAGGCAAGUCGCCACGCUCUGCCUCAGCGGAGUCCGCAGACACAGCACCCGCCGGCGCCACCGAUGUCGCUGGUGGGAUCUUUACUUCUGCCGCUAUCGCCACAGUGGCCGAUGGCGUGCUGGCGGCCUUUUCGCGCGCCCUCGCGAACCCUGGCGAGUCAGCCAGUCCCUUCAAUUCAUUCGAUACUCUCUGUCUCUUUGCGCUCGCUACCACUGCCGUCUGAUCCCGCCCCUCGUCCCCCUCCUCCUCUUCUUUGUCGUCGUUGUCGGUGUUGGGUUUGGCGGGCCGCCCCACAGCCUCGUGUUUUUCCUCAACAACCACAGCCGAAGCCGAGGCCACCUCUGCAUUGCGCAUCUGCGCCUCCCGCCACCUCGCAUACUGGUACAGCUCCAGCUCCCUAUUACGCACACGCUUCUCCAAAUACUCUGGCUUCCUGUGCAGUCUCCGAUAGUGCUCAUCAGUCAAGUCCUCCUCCUCCCUCUCCCCCUCCCCCUUCUCUGCAGCUGCGCACCAACGCUUCUGUCUGCGCCGCCGAAGCACUGCCGCUGCCGGCCCAUCUUCAUUACUUUGUGUGUCCUGAAGGUGGUUGGUUUCGUGGAGAAUUUCGAAAAGUGGCAGUUUGUGUUUACUGUAGAGCCGCUCGGUAUUGUCGUGGUGCUCGACUUGGGGCCGGUAUUGGGGCGCUGGGAUUUGUCGCCGUCGAGUGCACCGGUCUGGGAGGGAGCUGCAGGGGCCUGAGAUCACUACUAGACCUUCUAGGUCGCCGCUGGUGCCGACUUCUUUACUGUGGUCUGCUGUCGUUGGCUUUAUCAUCCCUUUUAAGGGGGAGGGGGAAAUUGAAUGUUUUUGUCAAAGAUAAAAAACGGAAUUACAAUAACAAAAAUAAAAUAAAAUAAAAUAAAUAAAGAGCAAAGAAAGAAAAUAAAUAAUAGCGAAGAAUAUGGCAAU